AUGGCCGCACACAUCGCGUGGUUGCCGCGCACCUUUGGCACACGCGAAUCUCCCCAGCGCAAGUCGAGGAGCAGGCCUCUUCCUUUGCGCAUCCGGACAUACAGUGAAGCUGGCUUCCAGAGUCCGGGAUUCGACGAGAGUCAUGAAGGCCGACAUUUGAGGAACAAAUCUUUGUCAGUCGCAACUGAAGUUGCCGAGCUUAGCCCGACGACGCUGAAGAAGAUGGAAGACGGCGAUGAAGAUGAAGUCGAACCUACUGAGAAUGAAAGUCCCCGGUCGUCAUUGGAUGGAAGCGUUGCUGGAUUCUCAGACAAUUCGAGUCUGGCUGGAUCUCCAUUGACACCUUUGACUGGCCUCUCAAGUGGACGAAGCUCGUUGGAUUCAGAUGGACCCGAAGUCCUCUCAUACGACUUCAGCCGGAUCGACUACGAACUUGAGCGAGCCAAAGUGUUAGGCACUGGACUCUGGAGUACAGUCUACAUGGCCAAGCAAAAACCGGUUAACGUCUCACGCUCCGGCCUCUCGCUCCUCUCACCGCCGAGAUCUCCUCGCCUCUCGCAAAAGUCCAGAACAACCUCCAUCCCGGCCCUCUUCGCAAUCAAAACCCCCCUCCGACAAGACGCCAAAGCCAUCUUCUACCAAGAAGCCCGCGUCCUCACGCACCUCCAACGCCGCCCCACCUCCAGUCUCCACAUCAUCCCCUUCUACGGCCUCGACCCCCGCAACUCCUCCCUAAUCUUCGAAGCCAUUAUCGGCGGCUCCCUCGAAGACCUCACCUCCCGCAUGAAACAAAUGACCGAAGUCGCCCGCCACCUCGAACUCAUCACCCUCUUCCCCGGCAUCGCCUUCGACCUGAUCAACGGCCUCGACUUCCUGCACUGCAACGGUGUCAUCCACGCAGACAUCAAACCCGGCAACAUCCUCCUCGACAUCUCCGCACACGCCACCGACGAAAACAAAGCCGUCGUCCGCGCCCGCUACAUCGACUUCUCCGCCGCCUUCAUCCCCUCCAAAGGCGACUCUGCCUCCAACGCAGGCGGAACCUGGGAUUACAUGGCCCCCGAACAGAUGCGCAUCCAGCCCGAAUGGAACACGCCCACCUUCGCCUCCGACGUGUGGUCCCUCGGCAUCACCUUGCUGUACGUCAUGGUCGGCGACUCGCCCUACAGCGCGGCUUGUGGCGGGAAUAUGUUCAUGCUAAGGGAGGCGAUCAAGUCCGGGGAUCCUUUGCAGUUUGCGCGCAUGGAGACGAGGGUGCGGAAGCGGUUGGCGGCGUGUCAGGAUUUCGUGGAUUGUGUCCGGUUGGCGGUGAAGAAGGAGAGGGAGAUUCGGGUUACGGCGGCGGCGUGGGCGGGGUGGUUGGUGGAGUGGGAGAGGGAGGGUUGA